AUGCAGAUAACACAGCAGCGUUUAGGUGGAGUAAGAAUAAUUGGCACCGAUUCCAAGGGUGAAACAAAAGCCUAUCCAACACACUAUUGCAUAGAUAUAGAAAUGACGCUGACGUUUCGGAGAUUUUGUAAGGAAGGAGUUACUAGCACUAACAUUUUACCGACUGAUAAGAAACGACUUCGAGAUCCAUCAAAACCUCUAGGAGUAUUACCAAACAUGGAGCAAACACGUGGAUUAUCAAGAUCAAAGAGGGCAAUGGACCAUCACAACCCUUACACUGCCGACCAGAAAUAUUUUGCAUCUAUGCUAAGCUCUAAACUAGGUGCUUCCAACUAA